AUGACAGGGCAAAGGGGUAAUAUAACAACGCAGACCCUGACCCUCUUGGACAGCAGAGCCGUGGUAUCUGUGCACCUUCCACCCAAACCAGCUUGGCUGGACGAGUACAAGAGGCUCAUGUCUCUGGGUAAGGUGUAUGGCGUAGAGUCCUAUGUCCUGUCCCCCGCAGAAACGAAGGACCUGUAUCCACUGAUGAAUGUGGAUGACCUGUAUGGCACGCUCUACGUCCCUAAGGAUGGCACAAUGGAUCCUGCUGGUACCUGCACAACACUUACCAGGGCAGCAACUGCCAGAGGCGCUUUGGUAAUAGAGAAUUGCCCGGUGACCGGUAUCCAGGUCAGAGCUGAUGACUUUGGUGUGCAGAGGGUAACUGCCGUGGAAACAAGCUAUGGGACCAUCCAGACUCCCUGCGUGGUGAACUGUGCAGGUGUGUGGGCCCGGGCCCUAGGUCAGAUGGCUGGCGUCAGCGUGCCCCUGGUGGCAAUGCAUCAUGCGUAUGUGGUGACCGAGCGGAUAGAGGGCAUUCAGGUUAGUCCGUCGCUCCUCUUCUGUGCCUGGCAGCAAAUCUCCAGAACAUUCCUGUAUCUUCGUCUCCAAGGCGAUGCCCUCUCUGUGGGCGGAUACGAGUCAAAUCCAAUCUUCUGGGAGGAGGUAUCUGACAAAUUCGCCUUUGGCCUCUUUGAUCUGGACUGGGAUGUUUUCAUGCAGCAUAUCGAAGGUGCUAUAAACAGAGUCCCAGCGCUGGAGAAAACUGGAAUCAAGUCCACAGUCUGUGGGCCAGAAUCCUUCACAGCCGACCAUAAGCCUCUCAUGGGGGAAGCGCCAGAAGUUCGGGGCUUUUUCCUUGGUUGUGGCUUCAACAGUGCAGGAAUGAUGCUUGGAGGUGGCUGCGGGAAGGAAUUAGCCCACUGGAUUAUUCACGGGCGUCCUGAAAAGGAUAUGUACGGCUAUGAUAUCAGGAGAUUUCACCACUCUCUCACCAACAACAACCGCUGGAUACGGGAGCGAAGCCACGAGUCGUACGCCAAGAACUACUCGGUCGUCUUCCCAUAUGACGAGCCGCUGGCCGGACGCAACAUGAGGAAAGACCCACUGCACGAGGAGCUGCUACAGCAAGGCUGCGUGUUCCAGGAGAGACACGGCUGGGAGAGACCUGGCUGGUUCAACACACAAGGAGCAGCUCCCAUUUUGGAUUAUGACUAUUACGGUGCUUACGACCAAAAGCCUCAUGAAGCCUAUGCCUAUAACCACCUGCUGGGGAAUGAAUACACCUUUGAUUUCCCACCUCAUCACAACACUAUCAAGAAGGAGUGCUUAACCUGCAGAAAUGCGGUGGCCGUCUUUGACAUGUCUUAUUUCGGCAAAUUCUACCUGGUGGGUCCAGAGGCGAGCAAGGCGGCCGACUGGCUGUUUACUGCUGACAUUAGCAAGUCGCCAGGAUCGACCGUUUACACAUGCAUGUUGAACAACCGCGGUGGUGUUGAGAGCGACCUGACUGUCAGUCGAAUCAGUCCUGGGAGCCAGGCCUCCCUGGCUCCAGCUUUUGAAGGGGAUGGCUACUACCUGGCUGUCGGUGGUGCGGUCGCUCAGCACAACUGGUCACACAUCAUGAGGGUGCUGCAGGACAUGAAGUUCCAGUGCAAACUGCUGGACUGCUCCGAGGAGCUGGGCAUGAUCAGCAUCCAGGGCCCCUUGAGCCGCACGGUCCUUCAGGAGCUGCUCGACACAGAUCUGAGCAAUGAGGCCUUCCCCUUCUCCUCUCACAAGCUGGCGAAGGCGGCUGGAUGCAUGGUUCGAGCCAUGAGGCUGUCGUUCGUGGGCGAGAUGGGCUGGGAGCUGCACGUGCCCAAGGGAGACUGCGUGAGAGUGUACCAGGCGGUGAUGAAGGCGGGUGCCCAGCACGGCAUUGCUAAUGCAGGAUACAGAGCCAUCGACUCCCUCAGCAUUGAGAAAGGGUAUCGACACUGGCAUGCGGAUCUGCGUCCUGAUGACACCCCCCUGGAAGCAGGCCUGGCUUUCACUUGUAAACUCAAGUCUGGGAUCCGCUUCCUUGGACGGGAAGCUCUGGAGGCACAGAAAGCAACGGGAGUCUCCCGACGCUUGGUCUGCUUCACCGUUGAAGAGAAGGUGCCUCUGUUUGGAUUGGAGGCCAUCUGGAGGAAUGGCCAAGUCGUUGGCCACAUCCGGAGGGCGGACUUUGGAUUUGCCAUCAACAAAACCAUUGCCUAUGGCUACAUCCGGAACCUGGACGGAGGGCCGGUCUCCCUGGAGUAUGUGAAGGGCGGUGACUACAUGCUGGAGCGGAUGGGAGUCACCUACCCUGCCAGAGCUCACACCAAAUCUCCAUUUGAUCCAGAGAACAAGAGAGUGAAGGGGAUAUACUGAGAGACACCGAGCCAGCCCACGGGCAGAGAAUGGACUAAAAGGCAGUGCUGGUGAAAGGGGGAGGGAGGGAGGGAUAGUGAUAGUGAACUGUCCAAUAUCCUGAAGGCUAAGUCUCUGAGCUGCAGGGAUGGCUCAGUGGCCUGCUGAGGCCUCUGAUAGACCAGGGACACAUUUUUCCAGCCUAGAGUAAAGUUGCCAAAAAAUGAA